AUGUCAACCCAACAAAUUUCCACAACGUCUCCUGAAUAUGGGGACUCACUCGGUCCGUCCACAUAUGAAAAAAUUGAUUUGCCUAAUGUGUUUAUUGACCUAAAAUCAAUCGAGCUUACUACUGUUCCACUAACGGUGCCAGAAAAGAUUUCUGCUACUACGGACAUAGAAGGAAAAGCAAAUAGCGAUAAGAAUAGUAGAGGAACAGAUUAUGUCUCGCCAUGGAUUCUCAUAAGUGAUACCCCAACAGAAAGCCGCGAGACUCUAAUUGUCUGGUGUGUGAUAGAGAUUGCGUUACGUCUGCUGGCCGUAUAUAUUACAGCCAUAAAUUAUUCCGCAAGAUAUACUAUAAUUAAUUGGCUGGGAAUAUUUUUAGGAAAAGAAUAUUACGUCACUUUUGUUAACUCAAUAUGGCCCGACUCGAAUCCAUUCGAUCCGAUUGUAGAUUGGCCCGGAAUUAAAAUCGAUCACGUAUGGUUAAAGCAAGGUUUUUAUUAUACAGCUUGUAAUCUCAUAAUUGGCGGCCCGCUUUGGAUUAUAACCUGGAACGAGGUAAUCGAGGGUGAAAACGACUACGCAAAGUCGUUAGCUACAGCCGGCCUCGCUGCGUCUUUGAUGAAUGGAAUGAGUUAUCUUGUUGGAAUCGCAAGCAUGUCAUGGGUGUAUCGGUAUCAGAGCGUGUAA